CUUGACCACCUCAUAGAACCCUUCAAUCUCUCUGACCGCCCUCCGUCAUCUUUUAGUCGGCCUGUUCCCACAAAUGGUCCCUCGUUUGAAGUCCUGGUCCUUGCUGUCGCUCCGUCAACGACUCGCUGCUAAGCUAUCGAGCCACCCACAAUGGCCGCAAGUCCAACACCUCUUGAGAGCGUCCAGGCAUGCUGGGCUCGGAUUUCGCAGGGCUCACCGAUCUACAAGCUUGUCCUCUCGGAUGUCGUUCUUGUUAGCGCCGAGAAAGGCUCCAUGGUGGCCAGCCUCGAGGUGACUGACAAACACAUCAACUCGAAGAAAGGUCUACACGGCUCAGUUUCAGCCACGAUUGUUGACUGGGCCGGCGGCAUGGCAAUCGCAUCGACCGGCCUCGAGAAGACAGGUGUGAGCACAGAUAUACACGUCUCAUAUGUUUCGUCGGCGAAAGUGGGUGACACCUUGACUAUAGAGGCGAAGGUCUCCAGAGUGGGUACGAACAUGGGCUUCACAACCGUGACGAUAUACAAAGGAGAAGGCGAGAACAAGAGUGUUGUCGUUCAUGGCACACACUCCAAGUACAUUCUUCGCGAUCGAGAAGCGAGCAAGAGCUCUUGAAGUGAUCUCUGCAACAACGCUUUGCUUUUUGAAAAAUUUCAAGCCCUAGGAUUCGAUUACAACCGGCGUCUUCUUUGCAUCAGGCAUGACACACUUCCAUCGUGCUCUCUGAUUCACUCGGAUGUCGGAGAACAACAUCACACCUACAGCUUUAGAUCUCCAUGGACCUGCAUACCAUAGGCCAAAUGGAGAAUUAUGGUGUGAAACAGAUCAAGGAGUCAACCGGCCUUCACUGAGCCACUCUGUCCACGGUCCUCCAACGUCUUUCGCCAGGUCUGCUGGUGCCCUUCCUUCGCUGUCCUUCAACGAUCGAAGAUCCGGUUCACCACUUCUGUCCUCCUUCUGCAAUCCCAAUCCUUCCAUGGCUUGAAGAACAAUAGCUGGAAAUUUGUCCCAGGAGAGCUGUGAACCAAGUGCUAGCAGCAGCCAGGCCACUUCUUGCCGUUGAUAACGAAUUGCAACAUGAAGACCGGACCCUUCAAUACCCUCGAACGUCCCGCAAUAUCUCAACAUAUCGGUAUGCUCAUCAGCCUCUUCUCCUUCGUCCUCAUCUCCAUCCUUGAUCAUGUGAAUGAUUGCGUCAAUGUCGCCCUCGCGGCAGAACUCUAGGUAGGCAUGGCCUUUUCUUUCUUCGGGGUAGGCUCUGAGGUAUGCUUCUUCUGUGGCAGCGGGCAAGAUGUCGUACCCUUCUUGAACACCGCCUUCGUUCCGAAGUGUGACUAUGACUUGUUGCGAACCGCUGGGAGACAGAGAAGAGAUGUCUUUGGAACAAUUCGGACAUUGAGUGAUGGUGUAGGCAUCUAGAAAGCAUUCCCUGGCAAAAUAUUAGGCCUUAGAUAGAG